GCGGCAGGUUGGGCGCUGGCCAAUGGCGUGCGAGCCCCGCCGAGAGUAAUGUUAGAGAGCUGAGGAGUGAAGACACUGCGUAUCGCCUGUGCUCCCUCAUACACAGCCAUUGCAGAGCAUUGAGAUCCAGCCAUAGUCACUAGUUUCAGAUUUUUUGCCAUCAAGAUGGGGAAGGAUCCGACCAAGCCGCGGGGGAAGAUGUCCUCCUAUGCGUAUUUUGUCCAGACCUGUCGGGAGGAGCACAAGAAGAAACACCCCGAAGCUUCGGUUAACUUUGCAGAAUUCUCCAAGAAGUGCUCCGAGCGAUGGAAGACAAUGUCUGCCAAGGAGAAAGGUAAAUUUGAGGACCUGGCCAGGCAGGACAAGGCUCGCUACGAAAGGGAGAUGAUGAGCUAUGUUCCAGCCAGGGGAGGCAAGAAGAAGAAGUACAAGGACCCCAAUGCCCCCAAGAGACCCCCAUCCGCCUUCUUCAUCUUCUGCUCGGAGUUCCGCCCUAAGGUGAAAGGCGAGAGCCCCGGGCUGACGAUCGGAGACGUCGCCAAGAGGCUGGGCGAGAUGUGGAACAGCACCGCUGCGGAGGACAAGCAGCCCUAUGAGAAGAAGGCAGCUAAACUGAAGGAGAAGUAUGAGAAGGACGUCGCCGCGUACCGCGCUAAGGGCAAGACAGGCGGCGGAGCACCCGGAAAAGCCCCCGCCAAGGCAGAGAAGAAGGACGAUGACGACGACGAUGAUGAUGAUGAAGACGAGGAGGAGGAGGAUGACGACGACGAUGAUGAUGAUGAGUAGACGGCGAGCGACAUAUAUAGUGGUCAUUUUCUUGUUUAUAAAGCAUUUAACCCCCUUGUACACACUUCACUUACUGAAAGAAAAUGCAUUAGUAUCCAAGGGGUAAAAAAAACAACAAAAAAGGCUGUGUAUAUCAGUUGUUUUUAUGCUGUACAGUUUUUUUUUUCCUCCUUUUUGUAUAGUUAACACUACACAAGUAUCGUGUCUGUAUCUUUCUGCCAGUCUUAUUUUUCCAGUGGUAGUUCCUAGGCCACUAUCCUGCCUGAUACAGUGUAAAGGGGUGGGCUUACAGUAUUUACCUUUAGCUAGAGGUGCACCGCACAUAAAAAAAAAAAAACAACAAAAAAAAACUUUUCUGAGUUAGAUCUGAGUGUCUCUUUUCUUUUUCUCCUUUACCUGUGUGUUUUUAUUUUAAAUGACAUGUUAUCAGAAAUUGACGUAUCACGGUUGUUUUACUGAUCUUUAUGUACCACUGUAAUAGCAAAAUAAAAAAAAAAACGCCUUGUUUAUUGUUGAAAUUUAAAUUGCUUCUGAUGUCAAUAAACAUUUUUUUUAAUAAA